GCGUCCGCCUACAUUUCCGUUUGUUAGCGCUUCUUGAAGAGCGCAGCGGGUGCACGUCUGCGCCGAGCUUCGCCUUGUCAUUGUACCCAGAGAGGAGCGCGUGGUCAGCGGCUCUCCCGACGGCUCCACUGCAGCAGCGUAACCGGUACAAGGUGUGUAGAAUCAGACUUUAAGCCAGACAUGGACCCUGAAAUCAGCGCAGAGGUUUUAGAUUCACCGGCGACUCCACACCAAGAGGAGACCGCAAUGGAGAGCGAGAUUGCGUCAAAGGUGGAGACCUCAGAGGAAUCCUCAGAGCCUGAGAAGCUUCCAGCUGCUGCCGACGAGACUGAGCAGCUGGCAGUGAAUGGUCACGAUACAGAAGGCCCAAACUUUAAAGGAACCGAAGAGUUGAUUGUUCCGCUGUCUGAGGGGCUAAACCAAAUGGGGUUGGAGGACAGCUCGCAUGGAGAAAAGUCCGACAUGGAGUCGGCGCACGUUGCGGUGGAACCACCAGUUCCAGAUGAGUCAUCCGAAAAGAUCCCCGACUCAGCCGCAGCAACAGACAAAGCCCCAGAAACCGUGCAGCCGCUGCCAGAGAACAACCCGGAACCGUCGCCCGUGGGAUUGGCAGAAUCCGUUCCACGAGCUGAAACUCAGGAGCCAGCCUCACCCGAACCAACCGCGCUGCCAGUAGACUCUCAACCCCCCAGCCAAGAGGGGACGGGGUCCGAACAAGUGGGGACUGAGAAAGAAAGGCAGACUACAGCGGUUCCCGAGGCAGGAGACGCUUCCAAAGAAAAGGCUGCAGAAAAAGAGGUCGCCGCUGAGCCGAUGGUGGAAGAAGAGAAACCAGCAGAGACGGCAGUUUUGGCGACUGAGGUUUCCUCUGUUAAGCCAAAAGAGACCGUGGCGUUGAAGGGGGAGGCACCCGCUGAAUGCAUGGAACCGGCCAAAGAAGAGAAGCCUGAAACCCCGAUGGAAGCCAAAGCCGCAGAAGGCGUUCCACCUGAGACGAUCGCUGCCGAGCUUAAAAAUGAAGAGGACGCAGUCCCUGUACCUGACUCCCUGGCCUUCGCCCUCCUGGAUCGAGAGCAGACCAAAAACGCCCUGCGGACGUCCCGCACCCUCGUCGUCCUCCGAGGCCUCCCGGGAAGCGGCAAAAGCUUCUUGGCGCGCGCCAUAGCCGACGCCUACGAAGGCCACUGCUCUGUCUUCUGCGCCGACGACCACGGCGUGAAGCCGGAGACUCCAGACUCCUCCGUGGAAGGAUACCGGGCUCUGGAUGAGGCUCUGCUGGCCUGCUGCAGUGCUGGGGCGGCUUCGUCCGCGCUGAUGGUGGUGGACGACACUAACCACACCCAGGAGCGACUGGCCCGCCUGGGGGACAUCGCCAUGCAGCACCACCUAGUCGUGGUGUUUCUGGAGCCGCGCACCAACUGGCGCAGAGAUCCAGCACAGCUGACCAAGAAGACCAGGCGUGGAAUGGAGGUGGCCCAACUAGAAGCCAUGAGGGGUUCAAUUGAGGAAAUGUCAAUUCCUCUCUACUAUGGCUGGUUCCUUCUCUCCUCCAUCCAGGACAAGGUUAGAUGCACGUCAAUGGACUUCCUGAAAACGCUGGACACCUUGGAGGCCUUCAAGAAGCACUUGAUUGACUUCACUGGUAAAGCUGAGAAGGAAGUGGACUUGGAGCAAUACUUUGAAGCUAAAGGAACCCUCCAUUGCACUACAAAGUUCUGUAACUAUGGAAAAGUAGAGGGUGCCAAGGAGUAUGCACAGAAUAAAGCUGUCGGGGAUUUCUACGGUUCUGCCUUCGAGCUGUCCCUCAGUGCCCUCUUUGUGACGCCUCGCACUGUUGGUGCCAGAGUGUCCCUUUCCGAGGAGCAGCUUUUGCUGUGGCCAGCUGAUGCCGAGAAGGAGGCCGGGCCCGCCUCCCUGCCCCCGGGUAGCCGCGCCCACGUUACUCUCGGCUGUGCCGAGGGAGUUGAGCCGGUUCAAACGGGCCUGGAUCUGCUGGAGAUCCUGGCCCUGCAGCAGGGAGGCCAGCAGGGGGAGCUCAUCGAGGAGAUGGAGCUCGGCUCGCUGACCUACUACGGCGAGGGGAGGUGGCUGCUGAGCCUCAGAGAGCCCAUCGGUGCCCUGGCAUGCUUCUCCAGCUUCUACGGGCCCAGGGAGCUCGAGGUCCUCAAAAAGGAACCAGAGAAGAAAAAGAAGCCAAAGUGCACCAUACUGUAAAUGGCAAAUGCUGGGGAGUGUGUCCGGGAUCAAUAGUGAAAUUAGGACUUGGGCUUACUCUGUGCAAGGUUUGUGUGUGUGUGUGUGUGUGUGUGCAGUGUUUAGGGUUGUUUAUAGCCAGCCUAAACUCACAAGCGGUGUGCCUUUUUUUUUUUUGUGUUCCUGUUUUGCACCACAACCCAAGAUGCCUUCAAUCCAGUUGGGCUAGUUGACAACAUUAUUCAGUAUCUUGUAUGACCUGUCGGUGGCAGUAUCUAGCUGUCUGCUGGAGUGUUAGCUGCAGUUUUAGAAGGUAGUAUAGCCUCCUUCCAGAGCUAGUUAUCUAAAACUUCUAAAUGUAGAUUACCUCCUUUACACAUGUUAGUGUCUGUCAAUAGCCAAAUGUGAAAAACUAGGUACUUUCAUUGCAUGCAUCACAAGUAAAAAGAAAAAAAGCUGUCUGUCACAUAUUCAUGACAUUUGCAUUUUAAGCAUUGCAUUUUCCAGCAAUGACUAUAGUAACACAUGUCUGCCCUGCUUAAAGUACCUUUACAGCUUCAACUGAAUUUGUUUGCUGUCCUUUUUGGCUUACUUGUAAGUGGGAAAACUAGCUGUCAUUUCUGUGUAACCGUCUCUGCUGCCUAGUUAAAUAGCAUAUGGGCUAAAGUUAUCCAAGUGUAUUAGAAUGAAUGUCAUUCAUAGAGGUGCUUCCUUAUAAAGUCCUUGCACUUUGCAUAGUUUGAAAUGGAGAACGCUGAUUUGUUGCAGCAGCUUGCACUUAAUACUUAUCCAAUGCUGUGAACCCAAAUUCAUGUUUUGCAACCCUUUUCUACUGCGCAAGACUGCACCAUCGAUCCCUUUUAUUGUCUUUGAACAGCACUUCAUGUAUUGCAGUUUAAAUUUGUAUCUCCUGUGACUAAUUUUUGAAGGGAAAUUCCUACUUUGUGUAGCUCUUAUGAAUCACUAUUUUUGCACUUGUUUUGUACACUUAAUAAAAGAACAUGCUUUGCUCCGACAAUA